AGUUGCUGCAGAUUCUUUUCUAGUACCCUGCAUUGUGAAGGAAAAUAUUCCACAAAAAAUGCGCAGAAAUGCAACAGACGACAAAACACUAUGCAUAGCUUAUCAUCUCAAGGAGACAGUGGUUCCAUCUGCUUUGUCUUUCAAGCUUAUUGGGGCUGCUAUUAGCAUCUGGCCUCUGAAAGUAGAAGACUCUCGUUUUUGUCUUUAUUUUCAAGCUGCAAUUAUGGAUGCUGACAAUAAAAAUGAACUUCAAAUUCAUGUUGAGGGGCAGAGAAUAAUUGCAUACCUCAUCAAUGACGUGUCAAAGCAGCUCAUAUCACCGGAUUUAGCAACAACAACACAGGAAUGCCUGACUUUGGCACUUGGACGAAUUCUUCAGUUUUACCGUCGUUGUUUUGGUAAACAAAGUCACCAUUUAAUGUCAGAUCUGUUUGAUAUAGAAGUUGGAGAAAUAUGCAAUGGUAAAAAGUGUUUAAUACCUUUGUCAGAGGCAAAAAAGAAAGCACAAUGGAGAUGCGAGAAUGGGAAAAUACAUGAAACGAAAUGUCCUCUAAAUUGGGUCUUUGAAAAGAAUAAGAAGCAUUGCGACUCAAAUUGUAAAGGUCUUGAAACAGAAACACUAGUCUUGAGACCAGAUGAUCAACAUUUCGUGCAACUAGCAAGAACAAUCGGAAUCGGGGACUUCUACAACUUCUUCAUUGAACUUGGAAUGGAAAAAGCCGAUUAUGACAACUUAAAUUUUCGUUAUUACUCAAAUCCUAUGGAUUUUAUGUUGAUGGGGCUCUUUGAAUGGAGGGAUAAAACAGAAAGUGACCAAAUGACUGCAACAUUUAGGAAAUUACAGACGGCACUGAAGGCUAUUGAAAGACAGCACUAUAUGUGUCAGGUACACAGAGAGGAUCAUACUUUAGUAGAAAAAGCUCAUAGUGGCCUACAAGUUGUUCCGUCAGAUGAUGUAAUCAAUAGUUUGACAGAAAAGAAAUUGAUAGGUGAUUGCAUUGUUCACCUAGGCGUUGAAUUGAAUCUUAGCAUUGGCAACAUAAAGGAGACUAUGCACAAUUUCCCAAGGGAUUUGAAUGGUCAAAUCCAUGAUCUUCUCACAAAAUGGAAGAAUUGUAAAGAAACCAAGAUGGUGAAACCAACAAUUUACCGACUAAUGGUAGCUUUAAAACGUGUAAAAGCGGCUCAAGGACUAAAUUUUGUGAAGAAAACAUAUGAUGUGCAGUAGGACAUCAAAUGUACUUUAAAAAAAAAUAGAAAACAGAACUGUGAUAUGUUUAUCACGUUUAUAGGAAGCGAUCAUAUCAUCAUAAUAUGUAAAUUAACAGAAAUCACAUUACCAUUAUAUAAUGUUUUAAUUUCUAUGUCAUCAUCAUCAUCAUCAUCAUUGCUGUCCUCAUUCUCAUUUAUAAAGAUGUAAAUGUGUGCAAAACCAGUUCCUUGAACACUAGGUCACCAAAUCUUUUGUUGUUCAAUCAUAGUGUUGCCUGAUAUCGGUAUCAGAUACUGCAAAAAGCAUUAAUUAUAUUCAUAUUACAUGUCAAACAAAAAUCGUACAAUUCAUAUCAAUAUUUAUUUUUACAAUAAGUCUAGUCAUUCACCUCUAACUGCCUAGUUUGUAUCGUGGUAGCGUGCUUGCGUUGAGUGCAUAAUUUCAUGGGUUCUAUGCUGUCAAACCAAAGACCUCAAAAUAGCACUGUUCCGCUAAGCCCUCAUAACGUAGGAAUAAGAACAAAGACUGCUAAAAUUUGAUAUCAGCCUUUAUAUGAAAAGGUUAUACCGUCUGAUGCUUUUUUCAGAUUAAACCUCGUCCACUUCCUGUCUACUGAUGGCUGAUAUAUUCUUUUACAUAAUGGCCAUGUGUGAAAUUGUAGUUGCAAUUUUCUCAGGCAAUGAAAAUCAGGUUUUUAAAAAAAAAAAGAAUCUAGGUCUACAUGAAGGUCGAACCUCUAAACUAUGUAAGGCUUCAUCAAAAUUUCAAUGUUUUAGCCUAUCUGGGAUACAGCUUAAAAUUAUGAACUGAAUGUUAGGGUAUUGUUGGGGCCCCCUACAGCACCUCCUUACGAUAUUCUCAACAUGCAAGCAUGAAUAAUUAUAAUUUGCAGUCUUAAAUUUUUACAUAAAUCAUUGGGAUCAAGCGUUAAUUUAUAAUGUACAUUCUUGAACCAUGUGAUUGUUUAGUGCAGUUUUGUCAGAAUUUAUUAGUAUGAUAAUGGUUAUUGAACAAUGUAAAUGUUCCAAGCAAUUGUAUGUAUGUUCUGAAUUAAGUUUGAUUUUUAAUGCAUACAUACAUAUACUGAUGCUUUCUGAAGCAAAUUUGUGAUAAUGCAAUUGUUCACUGCAUUCUAUUGUAGAUAUUUGAGUUUGAGUUUGUAUUGCGUUAUCAUGUAGAUUUAUUUAAUUUGAUGUUAGUGCUUUAAUCUUAGAAGCAGAUUAUUUGGUCAUUUAAUUAUUCAUUAUAUUUAUAUUUUAAUUCAUCACAUUCUUCCUAAGUAAUAUAAAACAAGGAACAUUUCUGUGCCUUCUAAUGUAGAAAAUUGAGACACUUGAUUGAUUCUUCUAGACUAGUCCCAUUUACAUUCGUACAUUGAACUGUGCAGUGCAUUGAGGCAUGCUCUGGAGUCUUUAUUUUUUCAGUGAGUUUUACUGUUGAUUCAUAAUUUGUCAUUUGAUUGUAUAUAUAUAUGUUUAUUUGGAUAUUUAAUUGUUCAGUGCAUUUUCGAACAAAAUUAUGAUGUAUUCAUUCUUAUAUAAAUUCUUGACUUGGAAUUUUAGAGCAUUUUUGUUAAGCAUCGGGAGUCAUCUGAUGUGAAGGUAAUUUUUAUAGGGUUUUCUGAUGAAAAUCUGGUAAUCUUUUUUUUGGGUUGUACGGCGAAAAGGAGGCAACUGUAUGGCCUAUUCAAAAACUGAUGAACCAUUCAAUAAUUUACACUUUUAAGAUAUGUUGUAAUUAAUAGUGACAAAAUUGAGGUCAAGUGUGAUAUUGAAUAUUUUAUUUUUUUGGAUUUUUACUUUUGUCUUCCAGAUAAUUGAUUGGUCGAACAAGCAAUUUUGUGUCAUUUCAAUACAAUAAGUUUAUAAUCUUUCAAACAAUGCUUUUGAAAUUUUAGAAAAAUUUCAUGAUCUUUUAACUGAUAAUAACAAAAAUUACAGAGAAAUUUCUAAUAUACGACUUUCAAGUAAUGCCUUCAAUCUUUUUAAAAUAACACUAAUACAUGUAAUGAACACUCAGUUUUAUGUCAUUUUGACAGAUUCUUGUAAUUUAGAUUCAUAUGAUAUUUCAGUACAUUUUAAUAUGACAGCAGAUUUUUUUUGGGUCGUUUUGGUAUCGCGCCAUCGUCUUCGUCGUGUCGUCUUCCGAAGACACAUUGGUGUCUGGUUUAGUUUAAGUAAAUGGAUCUCUAUGAAAUUUUACCAUAAGGUUGAAUACCACAAAAGAAAGGUUGGGAUUGAUUUUGGGGGUUAUGAUACCAACAUUUUAGGAAUAAGGGCCAAAAACUAGCAUAGUAAUUUCCAGACAAUAACAAUGUUCCAUAUCACAAAGGAAAGGCUUGAAUUGAUUUUUGGGGGUAAUUGCCCCAAACGUUUAGGAAUUAGGGUUUCAAAAAGGGGG